GUGUUAGCUACCUUCCUCCUGUCAGGGCCGGCGGCUGGAUGGCGGCGAGCGGCGGGGCUGAGACGGACCGACUGACUGUAUUCGCUCGCCGGUGACCCCCCCGCCGGCCUUCUGUCCGCCAUGAAGUCCCGCUUCAGCACCGUCGAUAUCCGGGCGGUGAUAGCCGAACUCCGCCACAGCCUCUUGGGGAUGAGAGUAAACAACGUUUAUGAUGUGGAUAAUAAGACAUACCUUAUCCGUCUUCAGAAGCCAGACUGCAAGGCGACACUCCUCCUGGAAUCCGGCAUUCGGAUUCACUCCACCGAAUUUGAGUGGCCUAAGAACAUGAUGCCGUCUAGCUUUGCGAUGAAGUGCCGCAAACAUCUGAAAACCCGAAGGCUUGUGAGUGUGAAGCAACUCGGUGUGGACAGGAUAGUAGAUUUCCAGUUUGGAAGCGACGAAGCCGCCUACCACGUGAUCAUAGAGCUGUAUGACAGGGGGAACAUCGUUCUUACGGACCACGAAUACCUGAUCCUGAACAUCCUGAGAUUUCGCACCGACGAAGCGGACGAUGUCAAGUUUGCGGUCCGGGAGCGCUACCCGGUCGACAGCGCCAAAGCAGCCUCGCCCCUGCCCAGUUUGGAAAGGCUGACGGAAAUAAUAACUGCCGCACCUAAAGGAGAACAGAUAAAGAGAGUUUUAAACCCCCACCUUCCUUAUGGAGCCACACUCAUUGAGCACUGCCUCAUCGGAGCGGGAUUUUCAGGCAGUGCCAAAACAGACCAGAUGGAAAGCAAAGACUUUGAAAGGCUACUUGUUGCUUUACAAAAUGCAGAAGAAUAUAUGGAGACGCUGGACAACUUUAAUGGAAAGGGCUUUGUCAUACAGAAGAGGGAGAAAAAGCCAAGCUUGGAACCGAACAAACCCACCGAAGAAAUCCUCACAUAUGAGGAAUUUCACCCUUCCUUGUUCUUGCAACACUCGAAAUGUCCGUACGUGGAGUUUGAGUCCUUCAACAAGGCGGUGGAUGAAUUCUACUCCAAGCUGGAAAGCCAGAAGAUAGACUUGAAGGCCUUGCAGCAGGAGAAACAAGCAUUGAAGAAGCUGGAAAAUGUUCGGAAGGACCACGAGCACAGAUUAGAAGCGCUUCACCAAGCUCAGGAAAUUGACAAAGUGAAAGGGGAGCUCGUGGAAAUGAACCUCGAGAUCGUGGACCGAGCCAUCCACGUGGUCCGGAGCGCCUUGGCGAACCAGAUCGACUGGACGGAGAUCGGGGCCAUCGUCAAAGAAGCCCAAGCCCAGGGGGACCCGGUGGCCAGCUCCAUCAAAGAGCUGAAGCUGCAGACCAAUCACAUCACCAUGCUCUUGAAAAACCCGUAUGUGCUCUCAGAGGAGGAAGAGGAGGAGGAAGUGGCCACUAAAGAGGAGCCGGCUGAAGAACCAAAAGGGAAGAAGAAGAAGAGCAGAGCUAAGCAGCUGAAGAAGCCUCUCAAGAACCAGCCGUCGCUCGUGGACGUGGACCUCAGUCUUUCUGCCUACGCCAAUGCCAAGAAGUAUUAUGAUCACAAGAGGCACGCGGCCAAGAAAACCCAGAAGACCGUGGAAGCAGCAGAGAAGGCCUUCAAGUCGGCAGAGAAGAAGACCAAGCAAACCUUGAAAGAAGUCCAAACAGUCACCACCAUUCAGAAGGCGAGGAAGGUUUAUUGGUUUGAGAAAUUCCUGUGGUUCAUUAGCUCUGAAAAUUACCUUGUUAUAGCUGGAAGAGACCAGCAGCAAAACGAAAUGAUCGUCAAGAGGUAUCUGACGCCAGGUGACAUCUACGUCCACGCUGAUCUCCACGGAGCGACCAGCUGCGUCAUCAAGAAUCCAACAGGGGAGCCCAUCCCACCCCGGACGCUCACCGAGGCCGGCACGAUGGCUCUGUGUUACAGCGCAGCUUGGGACGCCCGGGUCAUCACUAGCGCCUGGUGGGUGUAUCAUCACCAGGUGUCUAAAACAGCCCCCACUGGAGAGUACCUGACCACAGGAAGCUUCAUGAUUAGAGGGAAAAAGAAUUUCCUCCCUCCUUCCUACCUAAUGAUGGGGUUCAGUUUCUUGUUUAAGGUGGAGGACUCCUGUGUUUGGAGGCACAAAGGUGAGCGGAAGGUGAAAGUGCAGGAUGAAGACAUGGAGACGGUGACCUCUAGCACCAGCGAACUGGCAGAAGAAGAAACGGCACCCCUAGAGGGAGACGAGGACAGCGGUGGCAGCAGCAGCGAGGAGGGCGAGAGAGGGGAGUCCAAGGAGAAGCUUGAGGAAGAGGAGGCCGGCGGGACGAGGCAGGCCAUGCCUGCCUCUGAGGGGUCCUCCAAGGGGAGAGUCCCAGUUCAGCGAGAGGACUGUCUAGAUGCCCUGUGUCUUCAGUCCCAGCCGAAAGCUGCUCCCAAAGAGAACCCCGCGAGCUUAAGCGAUGGGAAGUCCCAGAGCCGGAGGCAUCUCUCAGCCAAGGAGAGGAGAGAGAUGAAGAAAAGGCAGCAGCAGCUGCCGCUUCCUCAGGGUGAGCCCAGCAAUGAUCCAGACCCUCCGAAGGGAAAGGCAGAGGAAGAGGCUCAGCUCCCGCCCCCUCCCGGUGGGAACAAGAACACAGCCCCCCAGCAGCCGGUCAAAAGGGGGCAAAAGAGCAAAAUGAAGAAAAUGAAGGAGAAGUACAAAGACCAGGACGAGGAAGACCGCGAGCUCAUCAUGAAGCUGCUGGGGUCCGCUGGACCAGUCAAAGAAGAGAAGCCCAAGAAAGGCAAGAAAGGGAAAACGAAAGACGACGCCCCCAAGAAACCUCCCCAGAAGCCAAGAGCAGUCCAUAGGGUGCCAGAGAUGGCCAGAAUCAAGGAAGGAGUCCCCCUGGAGUUAGAAGAUGGCGCUUUGGAGGAGCAACCGGAUGAGAAGGAGGAGCAGGACCAAGAUCAGCACGCCAGCGAGGAAGCAGAGGCUCUCUUGGACUCCCUGACGGGGCAGCCCCACCCGGAGGACCUCCUCCUGUUCGCCGUCCCCUUCUGUGCCCCUUACACCACCAUGACCAACUUCAAGUACAAAGUCAAGCUGACCCCAGGCACCCAGCGGAAAGGGAAAGCCGCCAAGACCGCCCUGCAGAGCUUCAUGCAGUCCAAGGAGGCGAGCCCCCGAGAGAAGGACCUCUUCCGCAGCGUGAAGGACACUGACCUCUCGAGAAACAUCCCAGGCAAAGUGAAGGUGUCUGCUCCUCACCUCCUGCAUGCAAAGAAGAAGUAAAAGGAGGGGCCACCACCAUCCAGCCGCUGCGGACUCUCCCUCUCUGACUGCCAGUUGGAUGCCCAAACUCCAGAGCAGCUCUCUUCCAGUUUUGCUAAUAAAGCCCGAUGCUCG